CUGUAAAACUCGAUCGACAAAUAAAGUGCAAAGCAGGUGAAAAUCGAAUUUUUGAUUAGAUUGAGCUGAAAAACUAGAACAAAAUAGCCGGCACCCAAAAUCAUUGGCUAUAGCGGAGCUCCAAAGUUAAUAUUAAUAAUUUUAAGUUAAGCAAGGAAAUGACAGAUUUUCAGUAAAAAAAUAAUUUAGAAUAUAUGAAAUAUUGAUUAUACUUACUUUACAUGUAGAAAGUACCAACAUCGAAACACUAACUUUAACACCAGAACGACCUCAUUAAUGAAUAGAAAGUAAAUAAUUUUUGAGUGAACAAAAUACCAGAUUAAGAUGACCCAAGUGAAAUCUGUACUUUGCGUGGGUUGCACGGUGAUUGACUUCGUGACCAUCAAUGGGAGCUAUCCUAUGGAGGACACCGAUCGGCGAUGCCUGGAUGGGUUCUGGCAACGUGGCGGAAACGCCUCUAAUGUGAGUACUGUGCUCCGGGUUCUUGGAUGCAAGGUGGACUUCUUUGGAAUGCUCAGCAGGUCGGAUGGAUUCCGAGUGCUUCUCGACGAUCUCUCGAAGCGGGAAAUCGGCACGAAUGACUGUCCCUUCACGGACAGGGAUCCGCCAUUCUCCUCUGUGAUCCUGGCUCAGGAUUCCGGCACCCGCACCAUUAUCCACUGCAAUAAGGACUACCCGCAGACCACCUAUGAGGACUUCAGCAAGAUAAACCUUUCGCAGUAUGGAUGGGUACACUUCGAGGCUCGCAACACGCCGCACACCUUAAAGAUGAUGCAAAGCAUCCGGGAGUACAACCAAAGGACCGGACAAGGCAUCAUUAUCUCGUUGGACUUCGAAACGAGGUAUGAACAAAACCAGGAAUUGUGUGCGCCCUGCGAUUUUGUGGUCUUCUCCAAGGAGCUGGCUGGUCAGUUGGGUUGGAAGACACCGCGGCAGUCGUGCGAGGAGUUGGCCUCCAAAAUUCCCGAAGGUGGUCCAAAGCCUGUCUUCAUUUGUCCCUGGGGAAGCGCCGGAGCUGGAGCUAUGGAUGCUAAUGGAAACUACUAUGAAAUGUCGUCCUAUAAACAGGACAAGGUAGUUGACACGCUGGGAGCCGGGGACAGUUUCAUGGCGGGAUUCAUCUACGCCACCCUCAAGGCUCGUCGAAGUCUAGCGGAGGCUGUUGACUUUGCCAACCGAGUUGCCAGUCACAAAAUCACUGGAUUCGGCUACGAACACAUUUCCCAGCUUAGCUUAACCAAGUAAAUAUUGGUUUAAUUCUAGCUUAGAUUAAGUCACAUUGAAGGAAUUUAUUAAGAUAAAAGCCUGGCAACAAAAAUAGCAAAUUGCAUUAAAUAUUAUAUUGAUUGUUAAACAGAAUAAACUAAUACGUGCAUCACGCUCAAUUAUGAAUGCUUU